CUCGGCCCCUCCUUUCUCUUCCGCUCAGAUGUCCUUGUAGCUAUGGAAACUCAUCAGCGGCAGCAUCCUCCAGAUCGUCCACCCGCUUCUUCGUCUGGACAGCUAAGCUAAACCUGCAUGUGAAACAGCGGCUCAAAAUGGCGUUCGGCCGUCAAACGCUUUCCCUGGUGCUCUUCUGCUGGCUGUGUAACAGUGCUGCCUUUGCUGUAAUACUCCGAACAACUGAGAAAUCUGUGUGGGCAAAUGAAUUUGAGUCAAUCGAACUGACCUGCUUGAUAGAGUCCAUUUCUACAAACAAUCCUCGAAUUGAAUGGAAGAAAAUAAAAAACGGUGUACCCAGUUAUGUGUACUUUCAAAACAAAAUAUCAGGUGACCUGGAGCACAGGGCUUUGCUGCGAGAGCCUGCAAACCUUCUGAUACUGAACGCCAGCAGAUCAGACACAGCACAGUAUCGCUGCGAGGUGGCCGCCAUUGAUGACCAGAAGCCUUUUGACGAAAUAUUAAUCAGUCUAGCUGUAAGAGUGAAGCCUGUAAUCCCCAGAUGUAGUGUGCCAGAUGCAGUUACUGUAGGUUCAAGCACUGAACUGCGCUGUAUUGAGAACGAAGGCUUUCCUCAGUCACAGUACCAGUGGUUCAAAAACAGCGAGGAGCUGCCCGAGGACCCAAAAACCAGCAGCAAGUUCUACAAUUCCUCAUACAUCAUGAACAUUGAGACUGGCUCUCUGAAAUUCCGGUCGGUAAAGAAAGAGGAUGCGGGUGAAUAUUAUUGCCAGGCCAGAAAUGAAGCCGGAUGGUCAAAAUGUAUUCGACAGAGCAUGGAAGUGUAUGACUUGGACAUUGUGGGAAUAUUUCUGAAGGUUUUGGGUGGAGUUGCAGCAUUUAUUUUUGUCAUUGUGGGAAUUUGUCAAAUUCAGAAAAGUGGUUACUGUUCCUGCAAAGAUCACAGAGAAACCAACUACAAAGUACCCCAACAUGAAAACAGGAUGGAGUACACCACUCCAGAUGAGGGACAUUUUCGCCACAAAUCCUCCUUCGUCAUCUAGAAUCAAAGACGAGGAGAUGUACGCUUCAGCUGUUUGAAAGCCUGAAUUGUGAACUGUCUGAUUUUAUGCAGAGGUGCGACUUCAUGGUUUGCCAAAGUUAUUACUGAAAUGAAAACUACUGUGUUAAACUGGGAAUUUUUACUCCCUGUAUUUUCAUUUAGGCAAACAGGAAUUAGUUAGAAAUAAAACGUUUACAUAUAAAAGUUUUCAAUACAGCAUACUCUAAUUUAUAACAGUUAUAUGCAUCUUAUUAAGGUAACAAGUCAGUUUCGGCGAAUCUUAUGCAGUAACAAAAGUUGAGUUUUCAAAUAAUUGUGAAUUUCUGUAUGACUUAAAAUGAGGCUAAUGAAAUGAGUUGUUAUCAUAGCAAGGUCUAAAUUACAUCCAGAUGCUGCUGUAUUUUUUUCCAAAAGUAGUCAACACACAAUACCAGUGCAAGAAUUUACUUCUUCAAGGUAAAUGUGGUAUAUCCCACUGGAAAUAUAGUGUGUGUGACUAUGUGAAGAACCCUGUCAGUGUAAAUGUGUACAAUGCCAUGCCAAGACUGUUCAUCUGGGUCACUUUUUGACGAGGAUUUCAUGUGUUAGUGUUUUAGUAGCAUUUCGUUCACAGACAGUAGAUUCGUAGCAUUUCAGUUUGAGGUUUAAUCAAACAUCUCGGUAAAGUCAGUCGACUUGGUUGUGCAAGAUGAUUCGUUUAUUUAGUUUCGUUUUCGAAAUACUCCUCUAGAUACAGAUUACGCACUUGUGGCUUUUUCAGAGUGCCAUUUCUGUGUUUAAGUGACCUUCAAUGCUUUAUAAUUGUUUUAUACGUUUUGGACAUAUUGUCCAGGUUUUUUGACUGGGUGUUAUUGUUUUAAUCUAUUUAUAAUAUAUACAUAUAUAAACUCGUACAUUGUAGUUCACUUCAGAAUAGUAGACUGUGGGCCUUGUCACAAGAAUAAACAUGAUAAUGUGGAAGUAAUCAACAUCGUCUUUUAUUUCAUUUUGUUUUCAAAAUAUGAACCAAUACUGUGUAUCUACAGUAAUAUGACCAUCAAAUUGACUUUGUUUUGAUUAAUUACUGUGGAAGUGAGUUAUUAACUUGAUAUUUGACAACCAGAAUUUGAAAUAAACUCAUUAUUUGCAUCAAA